AAUUGUCUGCAUUUUGUGAAUGCUUAAAUUUUAAUGUUUUAAAAUGUUACGGCUUACUGAGGCACCUUUCCGCAUUAUUGGUCUUUGUGUGAUCCUCUCGGGUCUGGCUCUGUACGCAUACGUGUGUAAGGACACGGACAUCGGACCCAAAAUUGACAGUGAAUUCUUUGUGAACAACGAGGGCUGCAAAAUGAUUUCCUUGGAUGUGACGAGCCCUGAGAUAGAGAAAUACAUUAAAAAGCCACCUGUGGAAUACAAGUGCAUCGAUGUAACAUGGUUUGAAACGAAACUUAUCAAAGGAAGCUGGUACCUGAUGCUGGCUCGCGACAUUAAUGAAAUACUGAUUGACCGUCAUCUAGACAAACAAACCAAAAUACAAUGCAGGUAUGAUCGAUUUGACGGGAAGAGCGACAGGCGAUUGGAGCACCAAGGAACGGAUACAUUUAAUCUGGUACCACCAUAUCGCUGGAAAGUGCGAGCUACUGUGUACCUGCGUGUGUCGUGCUUCCAUUUUAAGAAAUUACUGCAUGAAGACGUUUAUUUCUUGAUCCAGCCACCGCCGCAAGAGUUACUCGAACAACCAGUAAGCUUGAAGAAAUGGGUUCAAGGCAAUACAACGGAACCGGCAGAAUCUACCUCGGAGCCCCUCAUUUCUGUCAUGAUCCUGGGAUUGGAUAGUGUUUCCCAUCUGAACUUUCUGCGUCAAAUGCCGCGCACAGCCAAAUAUCUGCACAACGAGAUGUCUUACGUCGAGUUCUGGGGCUACAACAAAGUUGGCUUGAAUACCUUUCCGAACCUGAUUGCCAUGUUGACGGGGGAGAGUGCAGAGGAGAAUGUGAAGUAUUGGAAAAAGACUCAGCGCAUGGACAACUGUCCUUUAAUUUGGAAAGACUUUAAAAGGGCCGGCUAUAAUACAAGCUUUGCCCAGAAACUUAUGAAUAUAACUACUGGCAUCUAUAAGCAAACAACAUGCUCGGGUGGACGUUUACUCACGGAUAUAUUGCUGGAAAUGGUGGAAAAUCUACUGGCCCAUAUGCAAAGGUAUCCAUUCUUCUCGUUUUACUGGUGGUCCCAGGGCAUUCAUGACCACUUCAACUUUGGUUCUGUGAUCGAUCAGCGUUUUUUGCAACUACUGAGGCGUCUCGAUGAUACGGGAAUCACCAAUCACACCUUCAUAUUCUUCAUGUCUGAUCACGGAUCGAGGUGGGGCUCAUUCCGGAGAACCUUUCAGGGUAUGCUGGAGGAUAAUCAACCCAUGCUGUUCAUCCUCUACCCCAAGUGGAUGAAAAAACGCUAUCCGCUGGCCAUCAGGAACCUGGAGAGCAAUAGUCACAGUCUGAUCACAACAUACGAUAUGCACGAGACCAUGCGGGACCUUCUCCAUCUGGAUUCAUUGCAGGAGAAUCGUCUUAAACAGAAGUCAAGGCUGCUGUGGAAACUGCGCGGCUCUGAAACACCGCGUGGCGUCAGCCUCUUCCUGCCAGUGCCUUCGUGGCGCACUUGCAACACCUCCAACAUCCCUGUUGCAUAUUGUCUGUGCCAAGGGAAGUGAAGCUGUCCUUUCGAUCAAUCAGCUGCUAGAGACAUAUCUGAUGUGUGAACAGCUCCAGCUCAAGAAUGUGUCCAGCGCCUACUCAUGGUCCUCUCAUAUGACCCAAAAGCAUGAUAUGAGGGACAUUUUUGCUUUUUUGGAAGAAAAAUCGUUUUCUUCCUGUUUUGUCUUCUAUUUAUAGAGUCAAACGUUUUGUUUGUCUUUUGCCCUUUGGUAAGCUAAGUCAGUUUUGGCCUGUGUUCCACGCAGAUGGAUGGACAAACUUUGGACUGUUUCUCUAAGCUCGCAGAGACGAAGCGGAUGUAAAUCAGAGGCUGCCUGCAUAUAAAAUCAGGGGAUUUGGGGGGCCUCGGGGCCAUUUACAAGCGGCUUCUUUAUUCUCCUCGGCAGCAGAAUUUAUAUCUGGAUCAGAUCCGAUCAAUAUUGUAGUCAGAAUAAACAAAUAAGACUUCAGUAGGUAUGCAAAUCCCUACACGCGCUUACAUAUUUCCUUUCUUUCACAUACUCUUCGUCGUGCAAUGUGUGCGCCCUCUGGUGGAGGUACCAUAGAAGGUUAUUGUGGAGGAUAAAAACAUCCAUAAGCUUACAUAAAUCAUAAGAUCACAAAUGUAUUAACUGAGUACCGGGUAUACAAGUAUAGCCGCUUCUUUUCAACAUAUUUUCGCGGCUGUUAUUCUUGGGAAUUGGUACAUGGCCGCUCGAGAACCGUGUGCAUCUUGACAGCAGGCGCUGUCCGCUCUCAUAGCGCUAUCAGAGAGCGGUA